GAACUAUGUUUUUAACAAUAUGCCUUAUUUUGUCAACUAUUCAUGUUACUACUAAUUAUUUUGUCAGUAGUGACAUUAAUGAUGAACUCCACUCUGAUAAAUUAAUUGAGUAUAUCAAUGAAAAUUCAUUAUCAGGAUGGAAAGCAGUAAAAUAUGAUCGUUUCAAAUUACCAACACACAAAUUACUGAAUUCAUUCAAUCUUUAUUUUGACGAUCCAAAUGGAUACUUUCGAAAUGCACCUAUCGUCUCACAUGAUACUAUUAAGACAAAUAUACCGGAGUCAUUUGAUUCACGUAAACAAUGGCAGCAUUGUAAAACUAUGCAAAUAAUUACUGAUGAGUCUAGGUGUAUGUCAAGUUAUGCAUUAGUUGCAGCUCAAGUGAUUACUGAUCGUAUAUGCAUUGCAACCAAUGGAAAUUCUCUACAAAUCAGUGCACUGGAUAUAUUAUCUUGUUGUUCAUAUUGUGGAAGAGGAUGCAUUGGAGGGUAUUAUAAUACUCCAUGGGAUUAUUGGAUGAGGUCAGGAGUUGUUACAGGUGCAUUGAAUAACUCUUCUGGUGGAUGUAAACCAUAUCCAUAUCCAAAAUGUCAACAUUACGCUCGAGAUGGAAAGUAUCCAUCUUGUGGGGAAACACUCUAUAAAGUUCCUGAAUGUGCUGAAGAAUGCCAAUCAACAUAUAAGAUAGAAUAUGAAGAUGAUAAAAAUUACGGUAGAAAUUAUUAUCGAGUCGACAGCAAUGAAUCAGCUAUACAAAAAGAGAUAAUGUUGAAUGGUCCAGUAGAGGCAGCAAUAUCUGUAUACACCGAUUUUCUGCACUAUAAAUCUGGAGUAUACAAAUAUAUGAAAGGUGAACUAUUAGGCUAUAAAGCUGUACGUAUAAUUGGUUGGGGUGUAGAAGACAAUACAGCCUAUUGGUUAUGCUCUAAUUCAUGGAAUGAAGAUUGGGGUGAAAUGGGAUACUUUCGAAUUUUACGAGGAAAAAAUGAAUCAGGUAUUGAAGGUUUUAUUCUAGCUGGAAUACCGAGUAUUUAAUACACUCAUGUUGCAAGACUUAUAUCUUUUUUUGUGCUGUUGUAGAGGAUUGUCAUUUCUUCUCAAAAGUACAAUGGUGACUAUUCAUAUCUUGUGUUUUUUUACUCCAAUAAUAGUUUAUUUGAAAUCAUUUUUCAAUAAUUAAAUUUUCACAACGAAUUUCUAGUUAUAAGAUUUAAUAGUGUGAAAGAAAUAUUCCCAUAUCAUGAAAUAAAAGUCAAUCUGAACG